AUGGGAUCAACCGGCGACAGAAACCAUCGAACUCUCAUCCCUGGCGUGUACGUACCGACUGUCGUCUUCUUCGACCCCCUCACCGAGGAUUUGGAUCUCGACAAGAUCGCCAAGCAUGCUGUCCGUCUGGCGGAGGUUGGCGUAGCCGGUAUCACCACGCAAGGCUCUAACGGCGAAGCCGUGCAUCUAAUCCACCAAGAGAGGGAUCUUGUCACAAAAACCACCCGUAAAGCACUUGACGAAGCUGGCUUUGAGCACAUGCCGCUGAUAGUUGGAUGCGGCGCUCAGUCGACCCGUGAGGCUAUCGAACUCUGUCGCAAGGCUCAGGCCGCCGGCGGAGAUUACGCGCUAGUCCUGCCACCAGUCUACUACCAAGGUCUGUUUUCAAAAGAUUCCGUGAUGACCUUCUUUCAAGACCUCGCUACCGCAUCACCAAUUCCAAUCAUCAUCUACAACUACCCUGGCGCUGUGUCAGGCCUUGACCUGUCCUCGGACACUAUCAUUGAGCUCGCUAAGCACACCAACAUCAUCGGUUGUAAGCUCACAUGCGGCAACACCGGCAAGCUCAACCGGAUCGCUGCAGCAACCCGUGCGGCGACUCCAUCGGACCCCGGUUCCGGCUUCAUGUGCAUGGGCGGCUCCGCAGACUUCACACUGCAGACACUGAUCGGUGGCGGCUCGGGCAUUAUUGGUGGACUUGGCAACGUCGCGCCAAAAGCAUGCGUGAAGCUGAUCGAACUCUUCGAGGCCGGCAAGCUCGAGGAAGCCCGAAGGAUGCAGGCAGUCGUUGCCAGGGGCGACUGGGCGGCCAUACAGGGUGGCAUUAUCGGCACGAAGAGCGCACUGGAAACGUUCUUUGGCUACGGCGGGUUCGCUCGCAAACCGUUGCCCCGACCGAGCAAGGAAGAGGCCAAGAAAUGGAGGGACGCGUUUGAGGAGCUUGUUGAGCUGGAGAAGUCACUCUAG